UAAUACCUGCAAGAGGCUCUCAAACAUGGGACUUUCACAGAGGCUUCAGGAAUCCUGUUGAAGAGAAAAAGCUCCAAAUCAGUCCAUGUUUGCCAGAAGAAAACAUCCAGUCAUAAAUCCAGUCAAUGAUUCCACAUCAACCAAUCAUCUGCUCACUGCAGAUCAGAUCGAUCAACUUUAUGAUGGGCUUCAGGAUCAGACCACGUUCUUCAUGUUCAAAGUCCACAGGAAUCUGCUUCCUGCUGCAGUAAGAACAGCUCUGAAACUGGAGCCGGUUGGGCUUCAGGGACACAAAGCGGUUCAGAAACUCCAGAGGAAGAAGUCAAAGAAAGAACAGAUGAAUUUCUGUCAGAGCGAUGAAGGCUGGAAGAAGGUGUGUGUGAGCUGAUCCAGUGGAUCCAGUCAAUCCAGCAGCAUGGAUCAGUGUGAGGACACACAGGAGGGAGCCCCUCCCUCUACAAAAAGGAGAGAUGGUAACCAUGACAACCAGAGCAAAGCUCAGAGAGGUCAACAGGUCACUCAGAGAUUCCAGUCUGCAGCAUCCAGCUGUGGAUCCAUGAAGAGUGACGGCUCCAAAUAUGAUCCUCCAAACUUCAGAACUGAACCAGGACCUUCAGACUCACAUGUCCUCAGAGAGAAGAAGAGGACCGGACCCCAGUCUGCAGAAAGACCCAGAGCUGCAGAUGUUGGUCUGCAGGAGAUUUUUGGAGAACAUCGGAUCAUUCUGAGGAGCAGAAGUGAACAUGUGACUGAAGGAACUGAAGAAGCAGGAAGAGAAACACUCCUCAACAGGGUCUACACUGAGCUCUACAUCACAGAGGAACUGAGACGAGAGGUUAACACCCAACAUGAGGUGAUGCAGCUGGAGACCACCACCAAGACCAACAAGCUCCAUGACACUGCAAUCAAGAACCCAGACAUCUUCAAAGUCUUCCCUGACCAACACAGAUCCAUCAGAGUGGUUCUGACCAGCGGAGUUGCUGGAGCUGGAAAAAGCUUCUCAGUGCAGAAGUUCACUCUGGACUGGGCCGAGGGCUUGGAGAACCAAGACAUCAGUGCUGUGGUUCCUCUUUCCUUCAGGGAGAUGAACUUGAUCAGAGAUGAGCAGUACAGUCUUCUCACUCUGAUCCAGCUGUUCCAUCCAACACUCCAGAAGAUCCCAGCAGAACAGCUGUCUGUCUGCAAACUUCUGUUCAUCUUUGAUGGUCUGGAUGAAAGCAGACUUUCUCUGGACUUCAACAACAGUCAGGUGGUGUCUGAUGUCACCCAGAAGUCCUCGGUCAACGUGCUGCUCUCUAACCUCAUCCAGGGACGUCUGCUUCCCUCAGCUCUGGUCUGGAUCACUUCCAGACCUGCAGCAGCCAAUCAGAUCCCUCCUUCAUGUGUGGACAGACUGACAGAAGUACGAGGCUUCAAUGAUGCUCAGAAGGAGGAGUACUUCAGGAGGAGAUUCCCAGAUGAAGAGCUGUCCAGCAGAAUCAUCUCCCACAUCAGGAGCUCCAUGUCCCUCUAUAUCAUGUGUGAAGUUCCAGUCUUCUGCUGGAUCACUGCUGUGGUUCUGGAGAACAUGCUGACCACAGAGCAGAGAGGAGAGCUGCCCACCACUCUGACUGACAUGUACUCACACUUCCUGAUGGUCCAGACAAAGAGGAAGAAGAACAAGUACCAGCAGGAACAUCAGACAAGUCCACAAGAGCUGAUGGAGACUGACAGGGAAGUUCUUCUGAAGCUGGGGAGGCUGGCAUUUAAACAUCUGGAGAAAGGAAACAUCAUGUUCUACCAAGAAGACCUGCAGCAGUGUGGUCUGGAUGUCACAGAGGCCUCAGUGUACUCUGGAGUUUGUACUGAGAUCUUCAGAAGAGAGCGUGAGAUCUUCCAGAAACCGGUCUACAGCUUUGUUCAUCUAAGUGUUCAGGAGUUUCUGGCUGCAGUCUACGUGUUCCACUGUUACUCCACCAGGAAGGUAAAGGUCAUUGAUGACUUCCUAAAGAACAACAUGGAGAACCCAUCCCUGGAUGAGUUUCUGAGUAGAGUCAUGAAGAAAUCCCUGCAGAGUCAAACUGGACACCUGGACCUGCUUGUUCGCUUCCUUCAUGGUCUCUCUGUGGAGUCCAACCAGAGACUCUUAGGAGGCCUGCUGGGUCAGACAGAGAAGAAUCCAGAAACCAUCCCAAGAAUCAUCAACAACCUGAAGGAGAACAAAAAUUAUAAUUUUGAUUAUUGUGAUGAUUCUGAUUCAGAUUCAGACUCUGGUUCGGAUGAGGAGGAAGAUAAAGUCUCUCCUGACAGAAGCAUCAACAUCUAUCACUGUCUAAUGGAGAUGAAGGACCUCUCAGUUCAUCAGGAGAUCCAAGAGUUUCUGAAGUCAGAGAACAAAUCAGAGAUUAAACUCUCAGAGAUCCACUGCUCAGCUCUGGCCUACACUCUGCAGAUGUCAGAAGAGGUUCUGGAUCAGCUGAACCUGGACCAGUACAACACAUCAAAUGAGGGUAAACGGAGACUGAUCCCAGCUGUGAGGAACUGCAGAAAGUUCAGAAUUCCAUCACGAUGUGGACUCUCAGAGACUCACUAUGAAAUUGUGGCCUCAGCUCUGAAGUCCAACCCGUCCCACCUGACAGAACUGGACCUGAGCAAUAAUGACAUCCAGGAUUCAUCCGUGAAUGUUCUGUGUUCUGGACUGGAGAGUCCAAACUGCAGACUGCAGACUCUGAGGUUGUAUAGAUGCAGUUUGUCAGAGAUCAGCUGUGAAGCUCUGGGUUCAGCUCUGAAGAACAACCCAUUUAAUCUGACAGAACUGGACCUGAGCUGGAACAAGAACUUGCAGGAUUCAGGAGUUUUUCAUCUGUAUGGUUUUCUGGAGAGUCCAGACUGCAGACUGAAGACUCUGAGGUUGUACAGAUGUGGUUUGUCAAAGACCAGCUGUGCUGAUCUGGCUGCAGCUCUGAAGUCCAACCUGUCCCACCUGAUAGAACUGGACCUAAGGUUGAACAAGCUUCAGUCUUCAGAUGUUGAGCAGCUCCAGGAUCUGGUGGAGAGUCCAAACUCCAAACUGCAGACUCUGAGGUGGGAGGGAAAGGGUUGGAGAAUCUGAUGUUCCUCCUGGUGGAUCAGAGAACAUCAUCAUCAUUAUCAUCCUCAUCAGCUGGUCUGCAGAGAGGUUGUUCCUGGAGGUGGAGAGCAGAGUGAUGGAGGAAUCAGAGGAAGUGGAGAUGAGUGUCAGAGCUGCAGCAUGAACUGAUCUGAGAUCAGCUCCACUGUCUCUCUCAGCAUCAAGUGGACAGUUAUUGUGCUGCAGCUCCCCCAGUGGACUGAUGGAGAACUGCACUUCAUCUUCUCAUUCUAACUUGGAGUGUUGAUCUGAAACAUAACUUGGAUUCAAAUGUUCAGCAGCUCCAGGAUCUAGAGAAACAAACAGAUUAUUUUCUAGAUCAUCACUUUCUUCUUUCAUCUACAUUUGAUGAAGAGAUCUGGAAAAAUCAAGGACUGAGGGAAUUAUUGAUCAGACAGAACAUUUCUGGAGUGAUUGUAGAUCAGAGACCAGGAGGAGCUUUUGUUUGUGAUCAUCAGAGAAUUUCAGGAGCAGUUUUUGACGAUUGUAGAAGAAAAGAGAGGACACCAAGUUUAGAUCAAAUAUCAAGUGUGAGUCUGGUUCAUAGAGAACUUUUGAAUCCAAUUGUGAAGUCUACAAUGUUUAGUCUCCUGAAUCUAUAGAGUUAACCAGGACUUUAUCUUUACUAGAGUCAGUUUUAUUUUUACAAACAAACUUAUAAAACAUUUGAUCAAUAUUUUUACAUGUAGAAGCAUCAACAUUUAGAGCAACAGCAGUAAAUGCAAAUGAAACAGUCAUUGUAUGCUCAGUUCUUUGAAUACAUUUGUGUUUUAUGGUUAUUUUUAACUUUAUUAACAAAAGGCAAAGUGAAUGUCUCAGGGGAAUUAAAAUGUGGACAGAUUGCAGAAAGACAGAAACAAAAAUCAUAAACAUACUAUAUAAUACAUGAGAAAACAGAAACAAUCAAAAACCUUUGGGGUUCAAUAAACUUUACAUUUUUUCAAAAAUCUAAUUAUUUUCAAUUGCUAUUUAGUUUUGAAGUUGUUUGAUGAUAUUUCUGUACUGAAUAUUUUAAUUUAAGAAAUGUUGGAAUCUCAGUUUGGACCAUUUAGCUUAAUGAAUGAGGAAUUUGGCCAAUAAUAAUAAAAAAACUGUGAUAAAAGUACAAUCUUUAUCUGCUUUUAAUGUGAACCAAACCAUUCUUAAUACUUUUUAUUGUUCUUUUAUUGAGAGUAUUUUAACAUUUUCAUUUAUUUGUUGGUUUUAUGGUCUGUCUUUGAAAGACAAAAACAAACUGCAGGGCAUAAGACCUGCUCUAAGAUAAUUGGUGUUAGACUGAGGGACCUUCCCUCUCUGUGGAAGGUGCUGAAGAAAGCCAAGAGCAUCCUGGGACAGCCCCUGCAUCCUCUGACUCCUGACUUUGUUUUGAUGCCUUCAGGGCGAUGUAUUGAUGUAUGCUGAUGUUACGGAGCUAAGGAGCACCCAUUUUAACUAUGAUGGUCUGACACAUUAAUGUGACUGUGUUGUGUGUGUGAGAAACUGCACUAGUCUACAAAUGAAUUGCCCUCUGGGACCAAUAAAGUUUUUUUUCUGA